GGAAGUGUACCAGCCGAGCGAUUGAAAUAGCAACUGGUUUUUCCCGUGAUGAGUUACUGGAGCUGUGGUAUCGAAUACUGCAGUACUGUGCACUUUGAACUUGAAUUUAGGUGUUUAUUAUCUGCAGCUACAUUGAAGGUAUGCAUGUUUUGUAUACAGUACUCCGUAUUAUACUGUGCGACACAAAUAGGACAUGUUCUUUUUCCAUGGUGAGUUGUCGCUGCACCAUUCAUCGCUUUAUAUGUUACAUGUAUAUGCAAGGCUACGCUAUUGAAUGGUAGUUUUGCCGUUUUUGUAUGUGAAACGGGAAUUCUCACGCUUCACAUCCGUGUUUGAAGACUUCGGUUAACCGGCGAAUCAGCAAGUAGGACAUACUUUUCAAGAUGGCGGAGGCUGCAGCUCAAACCGUGUUGGACAAUAUCAGCCAGGGGCAUCUGGAAUGUCCGAUCUGCUACUGUCGUUUCAAGGAUCCCAAGAUGUUGGACUGUCUUCACAGCUUCUGCCUGAACUGUUUGGUAGAGAUGAUGAGAAAACAGAAGACAGAGGCAAAGAAGAUAACAUGUCCAGUCUGCAGAAAAGAGACGCAAGUUCCUGAUGAGGGAUUGCAGAGUCUUUCUUCCAGCUUCUUUUUGAUUUCUCUUGUCGAUGAAAUAAACAAACAAGAGCAACUUUUGGGGAAGUCAGUAACUUCUAGCGCGCCGUGUGAAUCGUGUGAAGAAGGACAGGAGGCUGUAUCAACAUGUCUUGACUGCAAAGAGAACAUCUGCAAGAAAUGCGAAGAGGCACACCAAUUUCUGAGGUACACUAAACACCAUCGCAUCAUUCCAGCACAGGACCUGGACAAAUCAACAGUUGCACCAACGGAUCUUACUAAGACAGUUGCACCAAAAUGUAGAAAACACAUCAAGCAGCCUUUAUGUUUUCAUUGUGAAACCUGUGAUACAUUGAUUUGCCUAAUGUGUGCUGCAACAGAGCACCGGUCAGCGGAACAUAACUUCAUUGGUAUAACUGAUGCCAUUGAAUCAUUUCGUAAGAGUGUCACUGACAUACUGCAAACGUUCGAGAAAAGCAAGGAGCAAUUUGCUUCAAACGAAGACUCGAUCAAUCAUGCACGAAAAAGACUACAAAAGAAACUGGCUCAGGCUCGUAGUGAUAUUUCUGCUCAAGAAGAGGCAGAGAUCGCUAAAAUCAGAAACAAAGCAAAGCUUCUCACCGAAAAGGUCGACGAAAUCGGUCAGGAGAGAGACAGUGAGUACGAAAAGGCGCUCAAGCACAACCGUGAGCAGAUGGAACGCGCAGAUCAGAUCGUCACGGCAGUAAAUGACUUGAUGAGACAAGCUGAUGAUAUCGAGCUUUUGGAGCUCAAGCCGAAGGUGAUGCACAACUUGGAAUUCCAGAAGGAGCUCAAGUGUGAGCCGGCAAAGGUGGACAUGGCGUUCAUCGGGGUCAAAUGUCAAGAUGUCGUCAGUGACACGAAUUUGGGGGAAAUAUUGCUCAAUGAGAAAUGGCACUUGAAGGAAGAGUUCGGCAAAGAAGGUACCGGUGACGGGAAAUUUCAGUGGGCCGCGGGUGUUGCAUGUUUCAGCAAUGGGGACGUUGUUGUGACUGAUGUAACGCAGAAGCGGCUAUCAUUGUUUACCUCCAAUGGGCAGUUCAAAACAUCGGUUGAUCAAGGAACUGAUAGCAAUCAGCUGGAAAAUCCUUGGCGCGUUGGAGUAAACUGUGAUGAUCUUCUUUUCGUCACGGAUGAAGAUAAAGUGAAGAUUUUUGAUAAUAAGCUGCAGUUUGUUCGCGAGUUUACACCUUCGGUUGACGACGCAGAGGGGCCAUCAAAGAGUGACCUCAGUGGUAUUGCUGUGGACAAGCAACGAGUAGCAGUGAUUGAUUGGGGGAGAAAGGUCAUCAGUGUCCACAACCUGGACGGAUCGUUGAUUGCAAGCACAUCAAAUCACUUGGUUAGACAUUACAUAGCAAUGAGCAACAAAGAGCGGCUGAUCUUCACAAACUACAAGGAGAAGAGGUUGAUGUGCGUUGAUUUGAAGGGCAAUGAGGUGUUCAACGUGAUGACCGUACUGAACGGGAAACCAGCGAAACCGACUGGUGUCCUGUGCGAUGAUGAUGGGAGCAUCUAUGUCGCUCUUCACUGCGGUACAGAGGGAGACAUUGAUGAAGUGCAUCAAUACGAUUCUAAUGGUGCAUUCAUAUCAACAGUAGCUCAAGGGUUGUACAAUCCAUUAGGAAUGGCAUUCACCCCCGCUGGUGACGUCCUUGUCGCAUGCCGACACUCCGUCAAAAUCUUUGAGCGGAUGUAAUCUGCUUCACUACGGACAGUCAUGUUCCUCUGGUAGCCAAAUGCGUUGCCUAAAA